AUGACGAUACUCAGAACAUGGGCUGAGAAUAAUCAGGGCAAGGAAGUGGUUAUGAUGAGGAUCCCCUCAGGUGUUACUAAAGUUGUGAACCAUAGAGUAGAUGAUGAAGUGAUUGAGAAAGUUAAGAUUGAUUUAGAGGAGUUUUUCAAGCUACCUUUGAAGGAGAAAGAGGUCUUUCCACCAUUGCGUGUCGGUCUUCAAGGUUAUGGCCAAAAGCUUGGGCUUAAUGAAGAGAAACAAGAGUGGUCAACACUAGACAAGUACUUAAAAGAACUAAAAUUAGUUUCAAUGAGUUUGUUUGCUACAAUUGCUAAGAACUUAGGACUCAAUCCACAAGUAUUUAAUAAAGUUUUUAAAGAACUUCAGAGGAUGAGGAUGAACUAUUAUCCACCAUGUCCCAAAGCAAACCAAGUGUUAGGCAUCAACCCACACUCUAAUGCUGGUGCCCUAACUAUUCACCUUCAAGUCAGUGAUGUUCAUGGCUUGCAAAUCAAAAGAAAUGGCCAAUGGCUUCCUGUUCAACCACUCCCAUAUGCUCUAACUGUCAACAUUGGUAAUGCCCUUGAGGACUUUUUGGUAUAUGUUAAAAUUGGUGUUUGCAUGGGAUUCGGAGUUUUGACUCAUAGCAGGUCUAUGGAGUUCACGCCCUGUGUAUUUGUGGCCAUUUGUCUGUGCACUGGAUCUGACCAAGGCGAGUCCAGGACAUGA